AGUUGCAUGCAAUAUGAUGUUGAAAAAAACUCAAAACCGGAAAUAUUAUGGUACUAUUAGAACUUUACUCCUUAACUGCGUAAAAUUAUUGGACAAAGGCAGGCAUCCUCAGAUUAUUGCCUCAGCAAAUUACAUGCUCUCAGAACUGUUCCAAUUAGAUGAGCCGAAAAGGGAAGAAAGCAGCGAAUUUCCUUUAAAUGGCAACUCUGAUGAAAGUUACAGUGAAGAAGAAGAAGAAAUGCCCGAUAGUGACGAAAAUGGAUUGUAUAGCACCAGCUCAGAUUUUCCAGAUGACAGCAAAGCCGUUGCUAUAAUCAAAUCUGUUGGAGAAUUGUCGGUACCUGAAAAAUACAAGUCUACUCAUCAAAUACGUCCUAGCUGUGCCUUUCCUGUUUGCCAUGACACUGAAGAACGAUGCAGACUAGUACUCAGCUACGUUCUUGAAGGCUUAAAAUCGGUUGAUAGUAGCGUCAAGAAGGAAAGUGACCUUCCUGCAGCGGACCCCAGUAUACCCAUCCCUUUAAAAUACGAAGAUGAAUCAUCAACCGUUGGCUCUGAGUGCCUUGAAAAACAGAUGGCCUUGUUUUUAGGCAAGAUGGGGUCAUUCCAGGAAGUAAAACAUUCCAGUCAGUCAGGAAUGAUCCCUGGAACCUGGCAAUACAAAAUGAAACUUCAGCUGAUUUUAAAAUCUUCAAAGGCUUAUUAUGUUCUUUCUGAUGCUGCUGUGAGUCUUCAGAAAUAUGGGAGAGCAUUACGGUACAUAAGAUUAGCUUUACAGUGUUAUGAUGCAUAUUGCUGCCUCUUCAUGAACAUGCUCUCUGAAGUACUCCUAUUUCUUUGUCAGAGUUUAACUCUUUGUGGUGAUAUUCAAUUAAUGCUGGCCCAGAAUGCAAACAACAGAGCUGCGUAUCUUGAAGAAUAUAACUUUCAAACAAAAGAAGAUCAGGAAAUACUGCAUAGCCUACAUCGAGAGUCUAGCUGUCAAGUGUUUUCUUGGGCUACUGACCUGUCUACAGAUUUGGAAUGCCAACUUUCAGUCAGCUGCAAAUGUUAUGAGGCAGCCCAUGAAAUUUUGCUUUUCAGUCAUUUAAAAGAGCAGAAUUCAGAGCAGUAUGCCCAAGUGGUGAAGAGAAUGGGCAAUAUUCAAAAUGAAAUUGGAGUAUUUUAUAUGAACCAAGCCGCUGCUUUACAAAGUGAAAGAGUAGAGAGCAAAAUGGCAUCCGCAGCAGAGCAGCAACUUUGGAAGAAAAGUUUCUCUUUUUUUGAAAAAGGGAUUCAGAACUUUGAAUCCAUUGAUGAUUCAACCAAUGCUGCUCUUCUGUUGUGUAACAUGGGCAGGUUAAUGCGUAUUUGUGCACAUGCGCACUGCGCGGUGGGUGGAGACUUCAAAAGAGAAUUUUCUCCUGAAGAGGCUCUUUAUUAUAAUAAGGCUGUUGAUUAUUAUCUGAAGGCCUUACGAUCAUUGAAUAAAAGAGAAAUCCAUUCAGCUGUUUGGGAUUCUGUCAACUGGGAACUGUCCACUACGUAUUUUACCAUGGCAACUCUGCUGCAAGAUUAUGCACCAUUAUCUAGGAAAGCUCAGGAACAGAUAGAAAAAGAAGUUAGCGAAUCAAUGAUGAAAUCUUUGAAAUACUGUGACGUUGAGUUAGUGGCUACAAGGCAACCUCUUUGCCAGUACCGGGCAGCCACAAUUCACCACAGGUUGGCUUCCAUGUACCACAGCUGUUUGAGAAAUCAGGUUGGGGAUGAGCACCAGCGUAAACAGCACAGGAUACUGGUUGAUCUUCAUUACGGUAAAGCCGUGAAGUUUUUUCAGCUCUUGAAAGAUGCACCGUGUGAACUUCUCCGCGUGCAACUGGAAAGAGUGGCGUUUGCUGAAUUUCAGAUGACAAGUCAGAAUAGCAGCACUGGAAAACUGAAGACUUUGUCUGGGGCCUUAGAUAUAAUGAUUCAGUGCCGGUCUGUUUUCCAAUCUAUCAGGAAAGAGCUUGGUGCUGAAUGGGAACAG